AUGUGUAUCUACACCCUAACCCACCACACCUGUCCUCACACUUCUCUCCUACUACAAGAAAGAUGUUCCGAAUCACUGAGAAGAAGAAAGAGUGUAGGGGGUGGAAAUUAUGAGAGUCCCCCUUGUAAAUUUGACAGGGGACGAUUUGAGAGAUGGAAGAGGGAAGGGGAGGAAGAGAGGAGAGAUCAGAUGGUUGAAAAGGAGAAGAGAAUUGGAAGUGGAAAGGAUGAGAGAACUAAUAGGAGAGGGAUGGAGGAGAAGGAUGAUGUAGAGAAUGAAAGGAAGAGAGGAAGAAGCAAAAUGGGAAUUCAAAGUGAGUUUAGAGAGAAGUGGGCGGAAGGUAUGUGUGUUAAGUGUAAAGCGGAGAGGGAAGGGAAUAGGGUGAUGCAGAGAUUGAGUGUGCAUUCGACAAGCGGAAGGGAAAAGUUGGGUGUUUCACCUGUUUCUGUGGUUGGGAAAAGGAGGGAACGGCCGAGGUGA